UCCAGUCCGGACUUUUAUGUCGUUACCGUAGCUAAGUUCACUCUCUCAGGGUGUGUGUGAGCGCUGGGUCGUGGUGAGCUGGUGGUUAUACCGGGUUAUACCGAGUAUAUCGGGUAAAAGCGGGUGUAGAGGUGAUACAGAGCGCGGAGCGCGGAGGAUUAUUAUGAGCGCUAACAGCAUGUCGGACCCGCGGAGACAAAACAAAAUAUUCCGCUACAAGCCCCCCACCACUGACUCCAACCCCACCCUUGAAGACCCCACUCCAGACUACAUGAACCUGCUGGGCAUGAUCUUCAGCAUGUGUGGACUCAUGCUCAAGCUGAAGUGGUGUGCCUGGAUUGCAGUAUACUGCUCCUUCAUCAGUUUCGCCAACUCACGGAGCUCAGAGGACACCAAACAGAUGAUGAGCAGCUUCAUGUUGUCCAUAUCAGCUGUUGUGAUGUCAUACCUGCAGAACCCACAGCCCAUGUCACCGCCAUGGUAACAGCGAUGGGUGGAGCCAUGGUUGAGCCGUGAUGGUAGCUGACGAGAGAUGCAGCAGUGCGAACACACAAAUUCACAGCAGCCACAUUCCCACUGUCCAUCUAGUCCAGCCGGAUGGGACAGUAGGCCGGCUAGCAGGAUAGAGUGACUGCCCCCAACCCCCCACCCCCAAUCUGUUUGUAUUAACACUGUAGAUUCUAAUAUUAAAUAAAUGCCAGUUUUUUAACUUGAA